AUGAGCGCGGGGAACUUUCGGAAAAGUCAACGCAUUGUCCAUGGAAAUGCCAUUGACUACCGCGAGUUAACGCCAGAAGAGCACAGCAUUGCGGGCUACUCUCCAAGCAAGAAGUCUGUGGAUACGUCUAGCGAGUUUGAGUUGAACAGCAAUAUCGACAACAAUGAUGAGGAUGACGAGGAUUACGUUCCCAGCGCCCGCGUUGCCACUCAGGGCAGAGGAAUACGACGUGCAGCUGGAGUUGCUCGAAAGAGGAUUCGAGCAUCCCAAACCGUGUCUCCCCGGAAGCGAUCCCCGGAGAAAGGUGCAAAAGAAGCCCCUAACCCUACUGCUUCGCAGAUUUCCCCAGAUGUUAUAGAGGCGGCUCGCACAUUCGAGAAGCGUGUUCCUGCAAAGCUUGAACCACAUUUCCUCAGCCGAACCCGCAUGAUAAUUGACUCUCUAAAUGUCUUCUUGUAUGCCGAACAAGGCGCCACAGAUCCAUGGAAAAGUGCCUUCUCCGCAUAUCGGUACAAUGGUCCUCGCAAACAUGCGCCCUUUAGGGAGUUAUAUCGUCUAAGCGACCCUUUGGAAGAUGAUAUCAGCGAUUGGGCUGAGAAUAUCCGCUGGGCCAAGCAGCAGUAUGAGUUGUACGGAUCUGUGUGGACGGAAUAUGAAUACUCUCUUGAGUGUAUCACCAAGCACAGGAUCCGGAGCCUCUGGGCUAGUGAGGAGUUGAUUCGGAGUGGUCGAUUUCCCGCAAACUAG